AUAAUGAGAUGAAAGUUAACUAAAUUUAAAAUGACUUCUUGGAAUAGUAAAUAGGUGUACUCAGACGGACGCCAUUGUAAAACUUGAUGGUGAACGUAGUGAGGUCUCCGGUGACAGAAUGAAGAUCUGCAACAAACACAGUUAAACCAUCAGCUGUAGCAGGCAUGUCGCAGCCGCCGCGCAAGUUGGUGCACCUGCCCAAGGUCAGGAUGCUGAGUCGGGGGCCCAGGGCGCCAUGUGGCAUCCGAAUCACCCACGUCAAGUCCAUCAAGCCCCCAGACCCGGAGACUGUUAAAAAGACCGAAGAGGAGAAACUGCGCGCGCAGUUGCAAAAGGAAAUCGUGUCGCGUUCUCGCGCAUGCGCGUACAAAGGCUACGAAUGCACGCUUCCAGUCGUAUCGGGCAGGCAGUACUGUUUCUCGCACAUCACAAGAGAUCCCACCGCGCCGUAUCGACAAUGCGCACACGCAUACAGCGACGGGGAGAGGUGUCAGGAGCCGGCGCCGAAAGAGAGGGAGCAUCGGGACCAGAGCCUGUGUUUCGAGCAUGCGCGGGCGGCGCUGCACAGCCGGCACCGCGCGUCCGCGCCGCCGCCGCCCGUGGCCACCACGGAGACCAUGCUGAACCAGCUGCAGCACUAUGUCAGACCAGAGCGGCCGAGGACGACGUCUUGUGCGUCAUCGGUGUCAGUGGUCAGUGACCCCGCUGACCAAGAUCAGACUUCGCCGACCCCCAUUGAUCCUUUCAAGCAAAUAGAUGCGCCUGCGCAGAACUCUGCGCACUCGGCGGCCAUACUGGAGUGCCACAGCGCCAGCGACAGCGACUGCGAUGACGUCACGCUGGACGCCGGCCUCCGCGACUGCUCCGGCGACGAGGAGGCGCCCUGCGAGCUGCGGCCGCUGUGGCGAGCAGGCGUAUUCACCGCCGAGGAAGCGGUCUGCGAAGCCAGGAACACGUUGAAGAGUCUCCAAUCGGCUUACAUCAGGCAGAUGGGGAGGCUGCGCACUCUUCUGCAGACCGCUAGGAGGCAGUAUCUCUACGCGUUGAAAGUGGAGAAGGAACAAUAUUGCAGCAUAAACUCUCAAGCCGGCACCGGCCCGCUGUCGGCCCGCGAGCGCCGCCAGCUGCGCCAGCUGAAGGCGUUCGCGUCGUACCGGCGGCCGCUCGGCGUCGGCGCCGUGCUCGCCAGGAAGCUGAGUCACAAGCGGGCCAAGCGCGACAAUAACCCUAGAAACGCUUCAAUCGGCCGCUGCAUCUUCACCGACGACGUGGUGCGUUGUACACAUCACGCGCUGCCGGCUGCGAAAUAUUGCUACAAACAUAUAUUGCACGACUCACAACAAGUACUGUUCUCGGCCUGCGGCGACUCCCGAGGCCUCUCUGUGUGCGGGGAGCCGAUACCGAAGCUUCCUUUGCCUUCGUCCUCCUGCCGAUAUCACACCAACCCGCCCGUUUAUACUGCUUUCACGCUUAAGAAAGAUGAAUCUGACAGCGAAACCGAGUCUCGUUCUAGUCUGGACUCGCACGACAUUCGUGAAAUCGAAGACAAUGGAUCCGCAGCGGCGUCUGAAUCGUACGAAUGACACGCAAUAUACGACAUGAUGUCGUACGGACUCGAUUAGGGUCCUAUGGGAACUUUAUUGGGCCCUACGGGAACUGAAAUGGGUCCUAUUGAGACCCAUUGGAUUUGUAUUGGACCUAUAAAGUGAAGUGCUAAAUAGUGUUAGUGAUUAAGUGAAUGAAAUGUUACAGUGCAACUAGUCUCAGAAACUUAAGUGUUGUAUGUAAAUUGUGUAGCGUCAGAGUGGGACUACAAACAAAGACUAAGUAAAAGUUAAAAUAAUAUGGAUUUGGUGCAUCAGGAUGUGAUUAAUUAAGUUAGACUUGAAAAGGCUUCAAACGCUUAUAAUUAGGGAUUUAAAGUCAGUGAUUUUUUAUAAAAUACAGUGCUACCUAGUUAUAAUUGCAAGCAUGUUUUAAUACUGCUAUUUACAGUGUUGCCAAUUGUCUCUGAUGGAAAUGUUCUUACAUGAAUCUAAUAUUGCAACGAUCUCCCAAGAUUUUGAUAGUAAAAACAUAAAUGCAUUUAUUUAAUGAUAAUCCAUAAUUUAACAAUUUGGAUGCUCAAUGAAUGAGGACCUAAAAUUGCUGAAACAAGACCAAAAAUAGGACAGUAAUUAAAUUCAAUCAAAAAUGAUCACUAACUAGUAUUUUGCUCGUAAAUCUUUAUCGUAAAUAUGUAUUUGUUUAAUAAUCUAUGUAAAUUGCAGAUAAUAUAAAAAUGUUGCCAUGUUUUGAAAUUGUGUUUACCACCUAAUAAAGAAAUUGUAAAAUUAAUUCAUUUUUUUAAACGUGGCUUGUCAUUUCAGACCAUUGGCACUAUCUUUCCCGUGAUUGACUUGCUGAACAAAACAUCAAUUCAAAAGAAUAGAAGAAGAAUAGACACCAGUUCAAAAGGGACUUUGCAUUGCAUAAUACAUAGGAUGUUAAAAAUAUAUAUGAUCAAUUAGAAUUGAUUUAUUGAUGUUACAUACAUAUGUGCAUGUCAUAUUAUAUCGAAUGUUGUCAACCUAAAUAAAUAAAUAUAAGAGUGAAUUUACCCAAUUAUAUAUGCCAUCAUUUGGUCUAAACAUAACACGACUCAAGUCAAACUGUGCUAUACAAUGUAUACAGUAAGUAAUAAAACUUCAUACCUAUAGCUACAUAUAGUAGUGGGUAUGAAAAAGGACAUAGGGCUACAUGUAAUGCGGUCAGAUCAUUAUUAAAAAUACGUUUUCAUGUAAAAAUAAAUUAUAUUUUUAAACAGAACGUUAUACAUGGAAUGUUUUAUAAAAUAUAACAGCAUACCAGAAAAUUGUGCCAUAAUUGUGAUGUCAUAGGGGUUUUAAAAGUCCUAGUUAAAAUCACAACACAAACAAAUCGAGUCAGUAUACCUAAACUUAUUAAA